CGCGGCGUGGGCGGUAACGGGGUCCGGGGUCUCUCGGAGCUCAUGGCCGGUGUGUGCGGUUGUGUCCGUACCGAGCGCGGUGCGAGCGCGUUCGGAGCGGAGGGGAGAGAACUGUGCGGUGGGGACUGAGCGCCACGGGCUGCCCUGCCGGGAGGGGCUGCUGAUGGAGCCCAACAAAGUUAUUAGUGCCUUCCUGCAAGUUAAUAGGACUUGUUUCUCCACGAAUUUGACAACAAAUACAUACUUUCAGAUGACAGUUUUGUUCUGAAGGUGCCGAACCAUACCAGCUUUAGGCUUGCCUGAGUAUGUCUGUUCAGCGUUAAUUUCCCAAGAACUAAAGUGCUUUAUAUUUCACUUUAAAGCUGAAUUGUCAAACUAAAGCUUGCAGUCAGCUAUUCUCAUCAGUGCUUUCACUGGCAAGUCUUAACCUGUUUCAGAAACUUGUAUUUUUGGGGUUUUGUUACGUUAAGUUGUGCAUGUUUUUUUUAUGUCAUAAUCAUCUAGAGCAUGACCAUUUACACACAAGACUGAGUUCACUGUCUGGCAAGCAGAGUAAUUUUUAGAGGUUGUCUUAUUUGUUUUCAUAUCGACAUCUUCCAGGAGAGUUAGGCACAGUUGUCUCUAAGAGGUUUAACCCACUCUUUUCUUUUGAUUGUAGAAGUUGGUGGGGAGAUGCCUUUGUGGGGAGGACUUAUGGAGGAGUAAACUACCAGGCGUUUAGAAGCACCAGUUUCUCAUAAAUGUGCUUAUUGGUUUGCUUACUUUGAUUUGGGCACAGUCUUGAUGAGGAGCUUUGUAUGUGUGAAUGUUCUUUUGACCAUGUGUUUUUUCUUUGUUGCCUUUGAGCAGAGGAUGCCAACAGACAACAGCCCCCUGCCAGACAGUAUCCAAGAACAAGACUCUGCUACUACUUCAAGCAAUAAUUGCCUGCUUAAAGAUGAGGAAUUGGGAAUUGAACAAGAAAAUGGCAUUUGUGACAAAGACAUGGGUAAUAGUGUCAGAGUUCCCAACUCUGACAGCCAGCCUUCCACUUCUAUGGCUGUUCCUUUGGAGAUGCCCAGAAGAGGACAUCCCCUUUUACAGAUCAACAGGCAGCAGAUUCAGUCUGUCUCCUGUAGUGCACAUGCUGCUGAGCUCAAAGAUUUAGGAGUUGAUGUCUAUGACCAGGAUGUACUGGAGCAAGGAGUUCUUCAGCAAGUAGAUAAUGCAAUUAAUGAAGCUAAUAAAGCAGCAAAAAUAGCUAAUGCAUCAAAAGAAUAUGAGUCAGUACUGGAGGACUUAAGAUCAUGUACAACAUCUCUGAGACAAAUAAAUAAAAUAAUUGAGGAAAUUUCACCUCAAGCUGCCGACAACAAAAAUAUUAGCAGAAAACUAGAUUCUGUAAAACGGCAAAAGUAUAACAAGGAGCAACAGCUGAAGAAGAUAAAAGCAAAACAAAAGCGUCUCCAAGGAAUUCUUGGUUUAACAGAGUUUGUUGAUGAAGCAAAUGAGAUUGAAUUGGAGGAAGAUGAAGAACCUGGCCCCUCAUGUCUUGGUAGUAUGCUUAUGCCUGCUCAGGAAACAGAGUGGGAAGAACUUAUUCGUACUGGUCAGAUGACUCCAUUUGGAACUAAAAUACCUCAGAAACCAGAGAGGAAGACACGACAAUUACGACUGAAUGAAACAUCUGAUUUUGAGAAGUACUUAGCUGACCAAGCUAAGCUGUCAUCUGAAAGAAAGAAGUUAUCCCGUCGCAAAGGAGCAAAGAAGAAAGCACAAGCCAAAAGUGUUCCAUGUAUAGCUCCCACAACUACUACAAAGGAAAAAAGUGGUAAAGCCCUGUCAAAAACAGAUAAGCGCUUAAAGAAACACAUGAGAGAACUUCAGAAGCGUGCCCUUCAGAUUCAGUCAAAGGCCAGGAUUCCAAAGGAAAAGAAGUAUCCUGAGACCAAGAAGUUCAGGCAUGACGAGGAGGAUGAUAGUGGGGAGUCCGAGUAUGUACCUGAUGAGGAACUUUUCGAUCCAGAAGCAGCAGAAGAGGAGGAAGAGCAGACAUCUUCUCUUGCUGAGAAUGAUUCUGAUUAUGAACUUAAGAAUUUAUCAAGAAAAAGAAAACGUUUGGUGAAGAAGGUUUUAAAAGAAGCUGAACAUGAUGCUAACUUUGUUCCAAGCUCUGAGGAAGAAGAGCAUACACCGGGGAAGCACAGAGUAAGAAGGUGGAGAGAUGAUGGAGAUGUGGACUAUUAUAAACAGAGACUAAGGAAGUGGCAAAAAGAACGUUUGAAGGACAAAGAACAUCAAACAGCUGAGGAACUUUCUGAAGAAAGUGAUGUGGAAUUUGAAGAGGGUUUCAAAGUACCAGGAUUUCUCUUCAAAAAGCUAUUUAAGUACCAACAGACAGGUGUUAGGUGGCUCUGGGAAUUGCACUGCCAGCAGGCAGGAGGAAUUCUGGGAGAUGAGAUGGGAUUGGGCAAGACCAUCCAGAUAAUUGCCUUCUUGGCAGGUCUGAGCUACAGCAAUAUGAGGACUCGUGGUUCAAAUUACAGGUACCAGGGAUUGGGUCCAACAGUGAUUGUUUGUCCAGCUACUGUGUUGCAUCAGUGGGUUAAAGAAUUCCACACUUGGUGGCCUCCAUUUAGAGUCGCUGUUCUCCAUGAAACUGGUUCUUAUACCAAGAGUAAGGUGAAGCUAAUUCAUGAAAUUGCUUCAUGCCAUGGAAUUCUCAUUACAUCUUAUUCAUACAUUCGACUGAUGCAGGACAACAUCCACACUUAUGAUUGGCAUUAUGUGAUUCUGGAUGAGGGUCACAAAAUCCGAAAUCCAAAUGCUGCAGUCACGCUUGCAUGCAAGCAGUUCCGCACACCCCAUCGAAUCAUCUUGUCUGGCUCCCCUAUGCAAAAUAACCUAAAGGAGCUCUGGUCCCUCUUUGACUUUAUAUUCCCAGGAAAACUGGGAACACUACCUGUGUUCAUGGAGCAGUUUUCUGUCCCGAUAACCAUGGGAGGAUAUUGCAAUGCCUCUCCUGUCCAGGUAAAAACUGCAUACAAAUGUGCCUGUGUGUUACGGGACACCAUAAACCCCUACUUGCUGCGAAGAAUGAAGGCUGAUGUAAAAAUGAGCCUUUCACUUCCAGAUAAAAAUGAACAGGUCCUCUUUUGCCGUUUGACAGAGGAGCAACGUCAAAUCUAUCAGGAUUACAUCAACUCUAAAGAAGUUUACCAGAUUCUCAAUGGAGACAUGCAGAUUCUCUUAGGACUAUCAACUUUGAGAAAGAUUUGCAACCACCCUGACUUUGUCGCUGAUAGUCCCAGCUUUUCAAAGGGUGUACCAGAUGCUGAAGUGGAGGAAUCGAAUCAGUUUGGAUAUUGGAAACGUUCUGGAAAAAUGAUAGUGGUAGAAUCCUUGCUUAAAAUAUGGCACAAGCAAGGUCACAGAGUGUUAUUUUUUACUCAGUCAAGACAGAUGAUGCAGAUACUUGAAGUCUUUGUGAGACAGAGAAACUAUUCCUACCUCAGGAUGGAUGGCACCACAGCAGUAGCUUCCAGACAACCUCUUGUAACAAAAUAUAAUGAGGACAAAUCCAUAUUUCUUUUUCUCUUAACAACUCGUGUUGGUGGCAUUGGUGUUAACUUGGUUGGUGCUGACCGGGUUAUUAUUUAUGAUCCUGACUGGAAUCCCAGUGUAGACACACAGGCUCGGGAACGUGCUUGGAGAAUAGGCCAAAAGAAAGAGGUGACUGUGUAUAGGCUUCUCACUGCAGGUACUAUUGAAGAGAAGAUAUACCACAGACAAAUCUUCAAACAGUUUUUAACAAACAGAGUGCUGAAAGACCCUAAGCAGAAUCGCUUCUUCAAAUCCAAUGACCUUUAUGAACUUUUUACUCUGAACAGCCCCGAUGUGUCUCAGGGGACAGAAACAAGUGCAAUUUUUGCAGGUACUGGUUCAGAUGUUCAAGUCCCAAAGCCAUCUCAUAAUGGUGCUUCUAAACGUGAUCUCCGUCUUGCAGAAAGCAGCUCACACAAGAAGAGCAAGUCCUCCAAUUCCUGCUCAACCACACACAUGAAAGAUUCUUCUUCAAAAGCAAUAGAGACAAGUGAGGAAACCAAAGGAAAUUUGGAAUCCUUUGACCAAAACAGCUCUGCAAAAGAUAAUGCACAAGCUACUACUGAUACAAAUUCACUGAAUAAAUGCAAGGAGGAACACUUGGAAAGUGGCAACAAAUCUGUGUCCCAGUCGUUGCCAUGCGAUGCAGGGUCUUCAGAGGAUGCCAAAUGUCUGACUGCUGUGGUGGCUGAUGAAGUACAUGGAGCAGCUAAUGCAAAUGCCAAGGCAGAUUUUAGCCUUACUUGUGAUCCAGCUGGCUCCUGGGAAAAGCAGGAUGCUAAAACUGAAGAUGGGCAGUUAGAUAAUAAUCAUUAUAAAUGUAUCUCAAAAACAAAACACAGGGUGGCUGUGCUGUCACAUGAGAGCCACAAAGAUGAGUUUAAGAAGAAACAUCACAAAGAUGCCAAAUUUGAAGGAAAACGCAUUCCUCAUUUAGUGAAACAAAAACAGUACAGAAAGGAGAACAGUGAAGAGAAGGAGGAAGACUCAAAGAAAAAUGAUGAUUAUGUCUUGCAGAAACUUUUCAAAAAAUCAGGGGUACACAGUGUUCUGAAGCAUGAUGCCAUUAUGGAAGCUUCCAGUGUAGAUCAUGUGCUGGAGGAAGCAGAAGCAAGCAGAGUGGCCCAGAAUGCCUUGAGAGCCUUAAAAAUCUCUCGUCAGCAAUGUUUAGGAGCUGCUUCUGGUGUGCCAACCUGGACAGGCAUGAGUGGUCUUUCUGGUGCACCAUCAGGAAUAAAGAGACGGUUUGGUCAAAAAAGAAACUCCAUGCUGCUAUCUCCACACGCCACUUGUGCAUCACCUGCAAAGAAGCAGAAGGAUGCAGAUCCAAUAAAGAAACAAAAUAUAAAGAAGUGUAGUUCCAGUGAGCACUUCGAUGGAAAAUCUGGAGAAUCGUCCAGUGCUCUAGACUCUUCAUCUUUAUUAGCUCAUAUGAGGGCAAGAAACCACUUUAUUUUACCGCAACAGACAAGGAAUGAGGGAGAUGAGAAUCAUCAGCCAGCACCCAACCCAGUCGAGGGUUCAACAGAAUACGAUGAACUGCUUGUGGAUUUACGUAACUUCAUAGCAUUCCAGGCGCGCGGGGACGGCGAGGCCAGCACUCGGGAAGUACUGCAGGAAUUCGAGUCCAAACUGCCUGCGGCGCACUCCUGUGUCUUCAGAGAACUCCUCCGCAACAUCUGCACCUUCCACAGGACCCCGAACGGUGAAGGGGUCUGGAGGCUAAAGCCAGAAUUCCGAUGACCUUUGACAAGCCAAGGCAUCUCUCUGUCCGCUUGGCCACCAUUCUCCUCUCAAAGACUUACUGUUUGACUUUUAAAAUUUGCAAGUAUUUUGUAUUCAUAAAUAAUUACUAUGAACAGUCAGUAGAACAGGACUUGUUGCAGGCUUAGAACUACCUUAAUUUCUGAUUUACACUAUUUAUAUGAAAGUACCAUCUACCUCAUAGAUGAAACAAUACAAAAUAGCACCUUUUCUUUAAAAGAAAUCUUAAUAUAAAUAGGAUUAAGAACAUAUACUGACUUUUUAUUACAAUAAGAACCAUGGAUGUUGCCAUGAGUUGUGAGACUUUGAUUUCUGUGAAAUUCCGGAAAACAACUUCCUUGAUUUCCUGUUUGUUACUUGAAUGGUCACGGGGCACACAGUGUACCAUUAAAAAACAGGGGGGGAGAUGAUAGCAGUUAAUGUGAGAGAUUCACUUGUACUGCCAAGUGCAUCAGAAUCACUGUAUGAAACUUUCAUCAGUAGUGAGAAUUUUGGUUUAAUGUUGGUGCUUCAAUUGUUGCCAGUAUCUAGCAUGUACAGUAUAACUUAUAUCACUAACUAACUUGAAAAAUUAAUUCUACUGCCAUGAAGGUUUAAUCAUAAAAAAUGGGAAGCCUGGCAGAAUAUUGAGUUAACUGCCAAUUGAUAAUUAAGGAAAACUUACUAAAUCCAGAACACCCACUUGCACCAUAAUCAGCAGUUCAGUUACAGUCUCAAACACCACUGGCAGGUGUUUGGUGCAGUAUUUCUUACCACCGAGGUGAUAGCAACUGUUAUGUUUGUCACAGGUGUGGACUGAUAAUUAAAAUAUCAUUAAAUGUUCAUGUGUUUCACUGUGAUUUAUAUCCAAAAUGUUCCAGUUCCCUCCUAGCACUUAAGAUUUUAUACCUUGACAUAGACUGGGGUGUCAGUUGGUCAGAGGGGUGAUGAAUGUUACUGGAUUUUACUAAACAUAAUCACUUUUGGAUGAAGACAUUGUUGGAACAUAUGCAGAAGUUACAGGUUGUACCUCUUCUGUAGGUAGGGAAAAUAUCAAACUUCUUGACAGUUGGAUAAGUUCCAAUACCCAUUUUUUUUCUAAGGAAGGAAGAACUGGAUCAUUUGUAGCAAAUCCGAGUAUGACAUUUGGUCUGCCUUCAAGGUACUUGUGUGCUACACAAGAAAAUCUUAAGGGGAAAAUACAGAUAGAUUUUGUGAAGAAAACCACGUUGUUGGAGCAACAUUAAAUUACUGUAUGGCUCAAACUAGGAACAGUUAAAUAUGCCUAAUGUCCUUCCUAUUCCUAAGCUAUUAAGAGAAGGGAAAGCUAAGCUACUUUUAGUUUUUGCUUACUGUGAAAUUAUCUUGUUUACUUUGAGUGAAAGUACAAAUAUGGAAAGAUGAAUAGUGAAGCAAGAAUACAAUUACUUUCUCAUAAAAAAAGCCUUUAGGAGACUUCCAGUGGCUUUUCCUCUUGUUUUUGCUCAGUGAUAAAGGAUCUGUAGAAAUGUGCAAGAAGUGGUUCUUCACUGUUUCAAUAACUGAUCAACUGGCUUUUCAGAGACUAGAGUUGGACUGGGCAGACAAUUCAAGAAUCUGUUUUCCUCAUGGUAUUUGAAGGUGGGACUACUACAUCUUUUCCUAACAUCUCUUUUUCUGAUACUGUUUAUAUUCACCUACAUUCCCUUUCAAGAGAAAGAUGAAAGUAAUAAUUUAGGGCGUAGAUCUGUUGAUAUGACUUUAAAAGGAUCAGAAAAAGAGUAAAAUUGAAAUUAUUUUGCUCUUCUCUUCAAAGCUGUAGGGAAUUUGAAUUGUUUUGGUUGUCAUGUCCCCAUGCAUCUCUACUUGCCUGAAGAACAAACCAGAAAUUCAGCAGUCAGCAAAGCUGCUGUUGUCACCUUAUCUGUUAGUUUUGGUGUCCUGUUUUAUUUACUACUCCCAAUCUUAAAGAUAUAGUUCCUUUUCUAAGGAGAGUUUGCAGCUUCUCGAUGAUCCGUUAAUGUAAAUAGACUUGCAUGUACUUUUUAUAAAUCCUUGGCUUUUAUGGACUUAUUAAAAAAGGAAAAACAAAA